GGCAUUUUCCUUUCAGCUUUCAUUCGGGAUGUUGAAAAUGGACGCUUGAUUUUCGGCUUGCUUUCCGGCGACUGAUUAUUUUUGUUCUAUUGAAACUUGUGAAUCUAAACUCUUUGUGAUCUUGAUUUGAUAUUUUGAAGACACUCCUGAUUAAUUCAAGGGGGAGAACAAUGAAUUACGGAGGAUAUAAAGGAAGUAGUAGCAGCAGCAGUAGCUACAGAGGCCGCGGAGGCGGCGGCUAUUCGCCGAGAGACAGCAGCGGAGGCGGCAGUAGCAGCUACAGAUUAAGCAGCAGCAGCAGCAGUCGUCUGUUGAGUGACAGCCACCACGGGGGCGGUAUAAGCGGAUCGUGGGGCAGUGGAGGCGGCGGCAGUACGCUCAGCAGUAGCCGUGACACUGGAUACUCCGGGGGCGGCUCUAGCAGCUACUCUGGGGGCGGCGGGUACUCUGGAGGCGGCGGUAGUAGCUCGUACUCAGGCGGAAUUGGCGGUAGCUCGUAUCUAAGCAGCUUUUCGUCGUCGCUGUCACGUGACAGGUUCAGCAGCAGUGGUUUGGGAGGCGGCUCCAGUUGGGACAAAGAGCAUACGUCUUCCUCACCCUACCAGGAUUCAAGACGCUAUCAGGAUGAUUAUCCGAGUGUUAGUGGCGGUGCAGGAUUAUCAGAACGUUUCAGCAGCAGCAGAGCCUCAAUACGAGAGGAAUCGUCUUUUUCACCACCUCGUCGUUACGUCUCGGCUAGACAGAGCUCACCACCAUCUUACAGCAGUCGGGACCAUCACCGUAGUCCCCCACCAGAAAUAAUGUCCAGAAAAAGAAUUAGACCUGAUUCUGGCUACUCACCUGAAUCUUCUUCAUCGAUGAGACGCAGCCACGAAGAUAGAUAUGGAGCAAGCAACGAAUAUGGCGGAGGUGACCGUGGCUACAGCGGAGGUGGAGGAGGAAGCUAUGGAGGGGAUAUGGAAGAGAAGGGAGGUAGAGGAGGGGGGUACGGAGGCCCCUCGCGGUCCCCCGUGUCGAGGAGCUUCCGAGACUCUCCCCGCUCCGACGAUUUCCGGUUCAAGAAACCGAUGAUGAGCUCCCCGCGGAGACCGAUGAGUCCGCGGGGUGGCAGAGGGGGCGAUUCCUCAUUCCGCAGUGAGAGGCCAAUGAGCUCAAGAGGCUCGAUGUCCCGUGGAAGAGGGAUCUCCAGAGGAGUGUCACUCCCUCCCAGAAGCAGAGGGUCUUUCGUACCGCGCGGAUCCAGUUUCAGAGGCCGCGUGAUGACUAGCAGUCGCGGACGAAUCACGAGUCGCUUCAACGACUCUAGCUAUUCUAGAAUUUCCGACCGCAAGUUUGGAUACAGGUCCAGUUUGCAGCAAAGGCGCUUCAAUCUCGCACAGCGCCAGGACUUUAUCAGUCGACUUAAGAUCAUGAAGUUGAAGAGUUUGCACGCGUCAUUGAAAAAGAGUCUGAGAGAACUCAGUGACAAGGAAGAAGAAGACGAAGAGGCUGGUGAUGAGAAGGAACCCAAAGAUGACGACGCAGAAAUGGCUGAUGAUGCUGAGGAAGGCGAAGGAGAAGAGGAGGAGGUAGAAGUCGAGGUGGAAACAGACGUGGAAGAGGAAAUGGAGGAUGGUGAAGAAGGAGAAGACGAAGGAAAAGGAGACGGCGAAGAAGGUGAAGUGAAAGAGAAGAAGAAGAAAAUUGUCAAGAAGACAGUCAAAAAAAUGGUGAAGAAAAUUGUGAAGAAGAAAUCUGGAAACAAGGAAGGAGUGCAGGUAACCAUAAAGCAAGACUCUGACGACCGAUCUGUGAAUGACGAGAAUCGUAUCAACUUUUUGGGACAACCUUACAUUCGGCUUGAAUGUCCUCACUGCAAGGAGAAAUGCGUCACUUUCAGGGAGUACGCGGCGCACUUGCGCUCGAAGAAGCACCUGUUGUCGCUGCGUAACGUGGCCGCUCGGCUGCGUGCGACGCUCGCUAAGAUGCGCGUCGACCAGCGUCGCGAGCAGAUAGCGCUUGACAAGCUCAGCCAGAACAAGCACCUGAACACGCUCUUCUGCGCCAUCUGCAAGCUCAACCAUCGCACUGUGCGCUUCGACCAUGUCAACUCUCCUCGCCAUAAGAAAAUGAAACGCUUCUUGAUGCCGCUGUGCAAGGUGUGUGACAUCGUUUUCAAGUCGUCAAUGCUCUACGAGAAGCAUCUGUGCACACUUGAGCAUAUCAAGCGUGCUGGUACAAUGGAACAGCUGCUGUCCAAACUGGCUGAGAAGGACAGCGAAGCGACCUCGGCUGACAACAAGGAUGAGACCUUUAUGGUGCUGGACUCUGUUGGCUCUGGCGAUGAAGCGGAACCCGAAGACAAAAAUGAAGAGAAGGAAACUGGAGAGAAAACUGAGAAGAAGAAAGAGGAAAAUAAAUUGGGUUCGCAGUAUUGUAAGAAGGUGGACGUGCACUACUGCACACUGUGCAAGACAUACCUGCCACGUCACGGCUCUAUCGAGAAGGCAGUGGCGUCGCACUGUGCCAGCCGCACCCAUCUCACCUACCUGGCACGCUACAAGCACACCUUGCGCAAGAAGAAGCUCAUGCAGGCUAGGAGAAAGGAAAUCGAAGCAGAGGACAAAGGAAAGAAGACGAAGAAGGAUGAAGGGGAACCAAAGCAGAAGAAGGUGAAAGCGGAGAACGGAGACGCCGAAGACAAAGAGCACUGGUCGGAGGAAGAGAAUAAGUCAUCGGACGAAGAGGAGGAAGAAGGAGGAGUCGGCAAGCGGUAUGACAGAUUCAAGUACAGCGCGAAGAAGGUGAAGAAGGAGAAGAAUGAUGAGGAUGAAGAUGAAAAGGAUGUAACUCUCAAUGAAGAGGAGGAGGAAGAGUUGCUGAAAGAUGACGAUGAUGAGCAAGCUUAGAUAAAGAGAGCUGAUGCCAGCCAUCAUAAGUUCCCUCAUUUUUAAAAAUAUUUGAUAAUUUAUUGUACGUAUUUGAAUAAAAAUACUCGAGUAUUGUUUUCCGUGUUCCUUGUAAGUUGCUGAUUCACUUGAAUAAAUUUGCUACAUUUGGUCAUUUGCUAAAUCAUCAAUCAAGGUUUGAUUCACGAUAAAAUAUUAUGAUCUAAGGUCAACCCUAACUAGCCUUAUCACUAGUAAACAUGUUUACGGAGGUAGUGGCCUUAUACACAUCGAUAUUUGAAUGAUCGAUUUUUUGCCGUACAGUACUUAUAAAUUCUAUUAGAUUGAACAUAACUUGCCAAACAUAAUGAUGUGUAUCUGGAAACAUAAAAAUGAUGUGUACUGUAUCUGAAAACAUCAUGUUUUGCCAAGUUUCGUUCAAUCUGGGAGAAUUUAAAAGGACGGCAAAAAAUCGGUGUGUGUGUCACUGCUUAACGAUUUUGCUAAAUCUUAGAUAUGGGGCUUUUUUCACUAUAAAAUAUUAUGAUCUAAGAUCAACCCUUAUGAUGAUCUGCUAAAUUGUCAAACAGGGUUUGAUUCACGAUAAAAUAUUAUUAACUCUUGAUAGUUUGUGCAAUCUCUUGUAUGCGUAGACGAUUUUUAUAUUGAAGUACAGUACAUUUGAUAUAUCAGUUUUAAUAUUGUAGGUUAGUUUUUAUAGUGCUUUGAUUACUUAGAUACGAUUGCCUUGGAAGUGUUCAUGAAGGUUUAUCAAAUUAUUAUUAUUUUUUGUUUUGAAAUUGAAAGUACAGUAACUGAUGAAUUUUUGAAAUCCAGUGGAUAACAGACUAACUAUGAAAGGUUAAAUUAGGUCGAUUCUAUCUAUUUAGCUUAGAUACAAACUGAUGAUAAACUUAGUUAAACUGAUGAUAACUUAGUUAUUGAUAGAUGAACACUGUAUUUUAUCUUCUCAUCCAGGUUUUUACGUUAAUGAUUCUCAUGAUACUACUAGGUAUAUAUUAUAGAUAAUCUCUAUUAGUAAGGAUUUGUUCAUUGUUGUAGUGAUUGUCCAGUAAUGUGUCUACGAUAUUGUAUCAUUAUUUAAACCAUAAUCACAAUAUAAGUAAUAAUAAUUA